AAUCAAACCAACCUUAUCAAAGUGCCUUCGUUAUCUAUCCUCUCAGUUAUGGCCAUGGCAUCAUCACUGCUUCUAGCAUCACCUUCUCCACUCUCUCUUCAACUCCACGCUUCCUCUUCUCACCUUUCCUUCUCUCAAUCCCAAUCUCUUCACUCACCACUCAUCACUUCAUCAUUCCCUACCCUCUCUUCAACCUUGUCUCUUUCACCAACCCCUUCUGUGUAUUGUGGCAGAGGUGAUAGGAAAACUGCCAAGGGCAAACGGUUCAGCCAUUCGUUUGGAAAUGCAAGGCCGAGGAACAAGAACAAGGGUACAGGACCACCAAGGAUUUAUGCUCCACCAGAUGCUACCAAGAAAGAGAAGCUUGAAGAUAAGGAAGUGAUUGAGAUUGAAAUUAAUGAAUCCCUUUUUCCUAGUUAGUUGAUUUUAGUGUUGCACUGUAAUUUUGAGAGUUUCAUGAUUUAUAGUUUUUGACAUAUGGAUUCCAUUUGGCAUAUACUAUUUGGAUUUUGCUUGUUAUCCUUAUUUGAGUUCACUUUGCAACCUUA